CGCACUCACACCGCGGCAGCAGCCAACCGCCGACGGCCAUGGGCUUCCCCGGCGGCGAACCCCCUACGCUACCGUUGCCGACGCUCGUUAAGCUCGGUCGCGCGAUCACCGAGCAGCAUGUGGACCGAAUGCUCGCGGCGCUCCUCCGCCGCCGCAGGCACCGUCUCGUCGGCGCCCUCGCCUCCCAGGCGCUCGCCAACUCCCUGCGCCCCACCGCCCGCACCCACCUCCUUGCCGCCUCCGCGCUGCUCGACUCCGCGCUCCCCCAUGACGCCGCUCGGCGUCUCGCUCUCGCCGGGUCGGCGUCGUCAUCCCGUCGCCUCUGGGACGCGCUGCUCCGCCGGGCCUGCGCCCAGCGUGGCGACCCUCGCCUUGCGCUGGAGCUGCUCUCCGCUGGUGUAGAGGAUCACGGAGCUGUCCUUUCCCCGUCCACCUAUCGUGCGAUUAUAUCUGAGUUGUGUGCCCGUGGGGACAUGGCCGGGGCGCUCAAGGUGUUCGAUAUAAUGACAGCGAGGGGGUGUCAGGUCGACGACCGUGUUUGUAGUGCGAUCAUUUCUGGCUUCUCCAAGGCCAGCAAGGCCGAGGCUGGCUUGGAGUUCUACAAUAGAGUGAGGAAGGAGGUCAGAGGGUUUGAGCCAGGCCUGGUGACACUGACUGCGGUUGUGAGUUUGCUCGGGAGGCAGGGGAGAAUUGGUGACGUGGCUGAGCUGAUAAGGGAGAUGGAACGGAAGGAUAUGGUGGGUGAUGCGAUGUUCUAUAGUAGCUUGGUUCAUGGAUACAUGAGCAGUGGCCUGUUGAUGGAAGGGUUGCGGGAGCAUCGGCUGAUGUUAGACAAGGGUGUUGCAGCUGAUGUGGUUAAUUACACUAUUGUUAUUGAUGGGAUGUGUAGAGAAGGUAGUGUGGAGAAAGUGAAGGGGUUCAUAGAUGAGAUGGAGCGACGGGGUGCUAAGCCGAAUUUGAUCACUUAUACGUCACUUGUUGGUGGUUACUGCAAGAGGAAUAGGCUAGAGGAUGCCUUUUCCAUAGUGAGGAAACUUGAACAAACAGGUGUAGUGGUGGAUGAGUAUGUAUAUUCAAUUUUAAUCGACAGUUUGUGCAAAAAGGGGGAUUUGGAUAAGGCUGUCUCUUUGCUUGGAGAGAUGGAGAGCAAGGGGGUAAAAGCUGGGACAGUGACAUACAAUGCAGUAAUAAAUGGUUUGUGUAAGGCUGGUGAAACUACCAAGGCCGCGGAAAUGUUUGAAGGUGUUACUGCUGAUAAUUUCACAUAUAGCACUCUGUUACACGGUUACAUUAAGGAAGAGGAUACGACCGGUGUUAUGGCGAUAAAGGCUAGGCUCGAGAGUAGUGGGAUUGCACUUGACGUUGUCACAUGCAAUGUACUUAUCAAAGCAUUAUUUGUGAUCAAGAAGGUGGAUGAUGCCUGCAGCUUGUUUCAUAGAAUGCGUGAUAUGGGCUUAAGCCCUAAUACCGUCACCUAUCAUACACUCAUAGACAUGAUGUGUAAACUUGGGGAUUUUGAUAGGGCAGUUGAGUUGUUUGAUGAGUACAAGAAAGAUACAUCAUUCUCCAGUACUGUUGUUCACAAUGGCCUGAUUGGAGCACUAUGUAAUGGAGGAAAGGUCACCAUUGCUGAUCAAGUCUUCUAUGAUCUCAUUCAUAAAAAACUAAGGCCUGAUUCCUGUACUUACAGGAAGUUGAUUCAUGCAAAUUUCAAAGAAGGUGGUGAAGAAGGUGUGCUAAAUUUCAUUCGUAAGAUGGAUGAACUAGAAAUGGACUUGUUUUCAUCUGUUUGCAAUUAUGCUUCUGAUUUCUUAAGCAGCAGGGAUUGUUGCCAGGCAGCAUUAUAUGUUUACAAGAUACUCAGAACACAAGCCUUUGCUGUAUCAAGCAAAACAUUCUACAGGCUACUCAAGAGCUUACUCCGCAAUGGAAAUGAACAGGUCGUAGAACCAUUGUUAAGUGAGUUCAUUAAGAUCCAUGGCCUGCAUGAACCUAGAAUGAUUAAUAUGCUGUCUUGCCACCUCAGCAAGAAGGGUGUUGGUGAAGCUAUUCGGUUUUCAAGUAACAUGAACAGUGGCAGCAUUCCUAUCAGUGUUCUAAGAGGAGCUGUCUUUGCACUAAAGAAAGAAGGUGAAAUUAUGGAUGCAUAUAAUUUUCUCAAGGAAGCUGAACAAAGUGGGUUUUCUGUGGAUCUUGCCAUGUACUCUAUAGUAGUGGAGGGCCUUUGCAAAGGUGGUUAUCUUGUGAAGGCAUUAGACUUGUGUGAAAGCAUGAAAAGAGAAGGGAUUCAUCCAACCAUUAUCAUCCAUAACUCUGUUCUCAGUGGUUUGUGCCAGCACGGAUGCUUUACUGAAGCAUUCAGGCUCUUUGAUUACUUAGAAAGAAGCGACAUUCUUCCAACAAUGAUAACUUACAGUAUACUUAUAGGUGCUUUGUGCAGAGAAGGUUUCUUAGAUGAUGCAUAUGAAUUGUUUCAGAAAAUGUCCAACAAAGGUAUCAGACCCACUACCCGUGUUUACAACAUGUUAAUAAGUGGUUACUGUAACUAUGGUUUAGCUGAAAAAGCGCUUGAGCUUAUGUCUCGUUUUGAGAAGCUUUGUCUACAUCCGGAUGCUUUUACACUCGGCGCAGUUAUUUGUGGGCAUUGUUUGAAAGGUGACACUGAAGCUGCAUUAGGCUUCUUUAAUGAAUACCAUUGUAAGGAGAUGGCCCCAGAUUUUGUUGGAUUUAUGAGCCUGGUCAAAGGGCUCUAUGCAAAAGGAAGGAUGGAAGAGUCCAGGGGCAUCUUGAGGGAGAUGUUUCAGUCCAAACAAGUUGUUGAGCUAAUAAACAGCGUAGGAUAUGAGGUUGAAACAGAAUCUCUUGUUGCUCUUCUGUCUUCUGCAUGCGAGGAAGGGAAGAUCGAUGAGGUUGUGACUAUCCUAAGUGAAGUGAGACUCAUGUCUGUAUCCUCUUCAGAUUCGAAUAGUUCUAAUACACUUGGUCAGCUCAAGAAGCUGCAGAGAACUGAUGAUGCUUGUGAUCCUAGAACAGAUUCAGAACAAGUUGCCGAUUUUGAUGUUUCUAGCAAUUGCCUCCACGGAAGUUCCCAAAGCACACUGCAGCCCAUGACAGAGAGAACUGAUACUUUAUGCACAGGAAGUGAUAAUACUGAUAUUGACAAUGGCAAUUUGCUAGGGAAGUCUUUCUAUGACGACUUUGAUACAUAUUAUCCUGCUAUUGCUUCCCUUUGCUCGAAAGGGGAGCUGGUUAAGGCCAAUAAGGCAAUUGAAGCAAUGAUUCGGAAUUCUGGUUAAGUUUGGUGACCGGUGCAAUCUGUUAGGGAAGUUCUUCUGGCCCAUUGCAUCAUCUUCUGUAAGCAAAGCAACUCUCGUGAAGCAAAUAUUUGUUGACAUCAUUGACCAUCCUGGCAGUUGGCAACAGAAGAUCUUGUACACUGGGUAGGGCAUGAGAAAGGAGGAAACCAGUGGCACUUCUUCGUGCAAGAAAUGCACUUAAACGGCUAAUCAGAUCAACUGAGGGUAGUAAACUACUAGUAGAGCUACCAAGGCUUGGUGA